AUGAGAUCAUUACCACCACCAAGAAUCACUCGAGCAAGAAGAUGGAAACGUAUAAGAAGAGCAUUAAAAAAUUUAUUAACAAAAGGUUAUAUAUCAGAUUUUGGAGUAUUUCAUCAAAGAACGUUAUAUUCACGUCAUUUUUAUUCAAUUUCAAAAAUUCAUAAACUGGCAAUAUUAAAUAGAAUGAAGACAAGAAAAACUGAUUUUAAUCUUGUACAAACUGCUCAUUCUGGUGUUAGAAUUAUGAGAUUUUUUAGUGGAAUUUUGACUAGAUUUUCUGUUCCUGGUUUGAAAGAAGAUUUGGUGGGGUUUAGAAAAGGUAAAAUGAAUUUAUGUAUCAAAGUUUAA